AUGAGUUCGAACAACAACGACGACCCGUUCGGGGAAGAAGACGCGAAUAAUAAUAACAACAACAACAACAACAACGACGACGACGACCCCAACGCAGAAGAGAACGAGGAAAGAAGAGUGGAAGAGGAAUUCGUGAUGGCACAGAUCCCGAAUGAAGACGAGGACGAAGAGGACGACGCAGACGACUUCGACGAAGACGACGAAAACGAAGACGGCGAAGACUUGAUGGAUAACAUGGAACGCGAUUACGAAGUCAUGCCGCAUUUGGAUCAAUACGAACAAGACGGGAUGGUUGGAGAAGAGGAGGAGGAAGAGUUUGACGUGGAACAAGCGUUGGAGGCGAGGUUGAAAGCGGAGGAGGAGAUGAAUGAGAGAGAUCAGGAGUACGCGGGAGGGAGAGGAGGGAUGACGGGGAGAGCUCUCCCAAGAGCGUUGGAUGACGACGACGAAGAUCAACAGUGGAGGAGAAGAAAGAGGAUGAAAGCAGCGCAGGCGGCGCAUGAAGGCGAGGACCCCUUGGAGGAGGGUUUGUUAGAUGACGAGGAGUACGACGUGAACAUUGAUAAUUACGAUUGUCCGUUGCGAGAGUGGAUUACGAAAGAGAGAACCAUCGUGGAAAUUAAGAGACGGUUUUCGCGAUUUUUGAGACGGUUUAAAGUUGGUGACGUCGAAGAGAACGACGGAAACGAUAGCACGAGAGAGGAUCUCUUUUACAGGAGGAAGAUGCGAGAGAUGUGCGUGGCGAAUAGACAAUCGCUGAACGUCUCGUUCAUCCAUCUCUCGAAAAAGGACCGGACAAUCGCGACGUGGGUGGCAGACGCGCCGUCGCUCAUGUUGCCGAUAUUGGACGAGGUGUUGAAGAAAGAAGUGUUGAAGAUGUAUCCCGCGUACGAAGAUAUCCAUCCGGAAGUGUUUGUGAGAAUUUCCGAAUUGCCGAUUGUCGAUCAAAUUCGAGACAUUCGUCAAUCGCAUUUGAAUUGUAUGAUUAAGAUUACCGGCGUCGUCACGAGGCGUUCGAGCGUGUUUCCGCAGUUAAGGAACGUGACGUUUAAAUGCGAAAGGUGCAAAUAUUUGCUCGGGCCAAUUCAACAAAACGCUACCGAUCCUGUGAAACCAGGGAAUUGUCCUGAGUGUCAAGGAAGAGGACCGUGGACGGUGGACGUGGAGAGAACGGUGUACAGAAACUACCAGAAAAUGACGUUGCAGGAAUCGCCCGGGUCGGUUCCGGCUGGUCGAUUACCUCGCUCGAAAGAAAUUAUCGUUUUAAACGAUUUGAUCGAUUUGGCGAGACCAGGUGAUGAGAUUGACGUGACUGGUAUUUACGUAAAUUCCUUCGACGCGAGUCAAAUCAAACAAAGAAACGGCUUCCCGGUGUUUAGCACGCACGUGGAGGUGAACCACAUCUUGCGAAAAGGGGACGCGUUCGCCACGCAAAACUUAACCGACGACGAUAAGCACGCAAUAAGGGAGUUAUCCCAGGACCCGAGGAUUGUCCAACGCAUCAUCAACUCCAUCGCGCCGUCCAUCCACGGGCAUGAAAACAUCAAAACCGGCAUCGCGAUGGCUAUUUUCGGCGGUCAAGAAAAGUUGGUGAAAGGCAAAACGAAACUGAGGGGUGAUAUUAACGUGCUCUUGCUAGGCGACCCGGGAGUAGCGAAAUCGCAGUUUUUAAAGUACGUGGAGAAAACGGCAAACAGGUGCGUGUAUACGACUGGGAAAGGCGCUUCCGCGGUUGGUUUGACCGCCGCGGUGCAUAAAGAUCCAAUCACUCGAGAGUGGGUGUUAGAAGGUGGCGCGUUAGUCUUAGCCGAUCGAGGCGUGUGUUUGAUCGAUGAGUUUGAUAAAAUGAAUGACCAAGAUCGAGUGUCUAUCCACGAGGCUAUGGAACAACAAUCGAUUUCCAUCUCGAAAGCGGGGAUCGUGACGAGUUUACAGGCGAGAUGUUCGGUAAUUUCCGCGGCGAACCCAAUCGGCGGAAGAUACGAUUCUUCGCGAACCUUUAGCGAUAAUGUGGAACUUACGGACCCUAUAUUGUCUCGAUUUGACGUGUUGUGCGUCGUAAAAGAUGUCAUCGAUCCCAUCACAGACAGGCGCUUGGCAGAGUUUGUGGUGAACAGUCACGUCAAGGCGCACCCGAAAAAUUUUGACGACGAAGACGGCGUCGCCGCCGGCUUCGGUAAUAGUACGAACAACGAUGAAGAUGUCGCGGAAGCGCUCGAUCAAGAAAUGCUGAAAAAAUACAUCUCUUACGCCAAGCGGUUCGUCCAUCCGAAGAUUAAACUCCAAGACACGCCAAAGAUUGCGCAAGUGUACUCGGAACUUCGUAAAGAAUCCGUAACGAGGGAAGGUAUGCCCGUAGCCGUUCGUCACUUGGAAAGUACGAUUCGUAUGGCAGAAGCGAGAGCGCGCAUGCGUUUGUCGCUAAGCGUGAGCCCGGAGGAUAUAGAUCACGCGAUUUCCGUCAUGUUGGAUUCUUUCAUCGGCACGCAGAAGCAAUCGGUUCAAAAAUCUUUGAGGAAGAAAUUUGCCAGGUACGCGCACUUCCACCGCGAUUUCGAUUCGCUCUUGAUGGAGAUUUUACGCGGGAUUUUUCGCGAGAUGAAUCGACUCGAUCGAGAGGAAGAACCGAUUAAGUGCCACUUGUUGGAACACCGAGCGAAAGAGUAUGGGGUGAUGGAUUUGAACCCUUUUUACAGGUCGCAAACGUUCCUCCAGGCAAAAUUCACGCACGAUCCGGAAUUGAAUGUGAUCAUCCCUCCCGCGCGCUAA